UUUGGGUUUGGAGGGUACGAUUUUAAUCCCCCACAAGAUGGCAGCUGACGUGCAUCAACAAAUAAUGCCUUUAGAGAGGAAAUUCUCCUUGCAAGAUUCGCCGCGAUCACCCACCGUCUUGCCAUGGGAUAGAUUUUCUAACUGGCUCCACUGCGCUUGUGUCGUCACUUUUGAUUUGGAGCUUGGACAAGCAAUGGAGCUGGUGUAUCCAGGUCAUGUAAAGCUUACAGAAAGAGAGAAAAUCAAUAUCUGUUACUUGUCGUUUCCAGACUCAAACUCAGGUUGUAUGGGUGACACAAAGUUUCACUUUCGAAUCCGUCAGUGUCCUGGUAGAAAGAAUCACAUCCUUGCCCAUGAUGACUUCAACAGAGAGUGCCCAGCCUCUCUGCAGAUCGAUAAUGCUUAUUACUACGGCUAUGUCUACUUUCGCCAAACGAAGGAUAAAUCCAUACGAAGAGGAUACUUUCAGAAAUCCCUAGUAUUAGUGUCUAAGCUGCCCUUCAUCCCACUGUUGGAGCACAUGGUGGAGAUUAUGGCUCCAGAAUACUUUGAUAAUGGGGAACCCAGCUUAGAAGCAGCCUGCCAUGAUAUAGACCAGUGGCCAGAACCCACUCCAGGGGAAACACUGAACUUGCCCCUCAUGGGCUCAGUUGUACAGGUCCGAAUCCCCUCCAGAUCUGACAAGGUGAUAGGUGCUGUCCAAACCAAGACACACACUGUGCCUCAAAUCCCAGUAAAUCAUGUUCUGCAGUCAAUACAUGAAACAGAUCUGUUCAGUGCAUUUCAACCAGUCCUACAGCACUUGCAACUCAUGUGGGAACUAGUCUUAACAGGGGAGCCUGUGGUAGUAAUGGCCUCCUCUCCUACUCUGUGUGCCAAUGCUGUGCAAGCCCUGGUCAGUAUAAUCUGGCCACUGAAGUAUUGCUCGGAUUACCGGCCAUACUUUACAAUACACGACAGUGAGUUCAAGGAAUACACAACUAAGACUCAAGCACCGCCAGCUGUGAUUCUUGGUGUUACCAACCCUUUCUUUGCCAAAACUCUUCAGCACUGGCCCAAUAUUGUACGCAUAGGAGAAACAAGUGGAGAUGCUUCUCCGCGUGCAGUGCUGAAAUUGAAAAAAUCCAGUAGCUUGAAAACUUUAGAUUCUAAACCAGGUGUCUAUACCAGGUACAAACCCUAUCUCAGUAAGGACAAGACUAUCCUGAAGAGACUGAGCAAGGGUAUCCAGUUGAAGCGGCCAGUAGAGGUACAAAGUGCAAUGUUGCGGAGGUUCUUAUUAGAACUGACUCAGAGUUUUAUGAUACCAUUGGAGAGGUAUAUGGCAAGUUUAAUGCCACUGCAAAGGAACAUAUCACCUCACAAGGGACCACCUGUUCUGAAACCAUUCAAUGUAGAGGAGUUCUUGAAGACUUUAGACCACUCUGGACCACAAUUGACUUCUGGGUUGAAGGGGGACUGGAUAGGACUAUACAGGAAGUUUUUCAAGUGCCCAAAUUUUGAUGGCUGGUAUCACUUCAGGCAGAAAGAAGUGAACCAGAAGUUACAGGCUUUGCACCUGGAGGCUUUGUGUAAAGAGGACCUAGUGAACUGGGUGAGGGACAAGCAGGAAGUGGAGAUUGUUGACCUGGUGCUAAGGUUGAAGGACAAAAUGAUUAGUGCACAAAACAAUGAUAUACCUGUCUCCAUGGACAUUGUGAAAAAACUGAAAUGUCACCUUCACAGUAUCAUCAGUUCUCUGCCAGAGGACCUACAAUCAGUACUGAAGACACAUCUUUGAAUUUUGAAUUUGUAACAAGUAUUAGGAUUGGUCUGAAGAAACCAGAGAAACAAGUGACUGGCCAUAGUUGUUGAAGAUUGAAAUAAAAGAGAAAAGAUGAGUGGCCAUGAUGGUCAGUAUAAGAAUGGAAGGGAAAAGAUGAUUGGACCAGCCACUGAAGAUGCAGGAUCUGUUGGUGAAAGUUUGUUGAUUAAAUGAGAAAUGCAGGAUUGCACAGAUUGUUUGCGUAGUCAAAGAGGACACGUUUGUAAAAAUUGGCAGGAUUUUUCCAAGUAUUUACAAACAAGGGAAUACCCGGAUUUCAUCAUGGUGCUUGUUGUAGUUGAACUGGGCAGAACACUUAGGAUUCGAUUGCUCAGGUGAUACCACUGGCACAAAGCACAGGCCAGUACUGGUUGAGCUGUGUAGAAAAAUACCUCAAGAACAUUAUAUGUAAUCAAAAAUAACUAGUAUGCAUAGCAUCUAUGACUGGUCACAUUGGUAAUGGCAAUAGUUGACACCGAUAAUGAUGUUGUAUUGUUAUUUUCAAAAUUUUAUGAAUAUCAAUUAUGGAAUUCAAGCUCAUGGCAGGACCAAGGCAGUGGGUUUUGAUUAGAAUGUGAUCAUGUUUUAAGGCACAAGGCUUGAAAAAUUUCAUAAAAUUGGGUUUCAAUUUUCACUUCCAAUUAUUUUCUGUAUGUAGCUUUUCAGCUUCAUCUUUCAUAUUAAUCCAAAAUAAUGGAUCCAGAAGCCCUCGCCAGAUCAAGUUUUUAAUUACUUUUGGUUCUAAUAAAAUGUGACAGUGUUA